AUGAUUAGUCUCAAACUAUUUCUGUUAAUUUACUUAAUUGGUGGGAUCACUUUUCUGCCUCUCAUUGCUCUAGGAAUACUUUAUGUAAAUGGCAUACUGGAUGGAAAAGACGAAGGGGUCAGGGAGCAAGCAGACAGCAGACGGCGUGAAACAUUGAUGGAUCCAGAUUUCAAGGCUGCUGAAUUCGAAGAAGCUAAAGGAGUCCAUGUAACGAGACAGGGCUGGGUUAGUGUUACUACCAAGUACUACUAUUUUCAUACAGAAAUUCCAUCAUCUGCAAACUCAGACAAUACAUCAGAGGCUGGUGAAUUUCCAGAGAGAAGUCAAUUGAAGAAAAAGCACAAAUUUUAUGCUGUUAUCAAACAUGGAAAUCUGUUCUUAUACAGAGAUAAUUCACCGAAAAGUAACCUCAUUCAUGCGAUAUCCUUGCAAGACAGUUUCGUGACGCUAUGGCCUCGUGAUACUAAACAUGAAAUCCCCGAUAGUGCACUUUUUUCAAAAAGAACCUGCAUUUCGAUUCUUCGAAAAGGUGCUACUUCUUUAAAGAACGGCGAGUUGGGAUUCACUCCAAACGAGUCAUCAGAGGAUGAUACCCAAACUGCAAGCCAAUUUUUCCUUUACUUCGGCAACAAUAUGGAAAAAGAAGAUUGGUACUUUGAUCUCAUAAAUGUGUCCAAGAAUGAGACUACAAGUGGCAGCAAAACAAACGGUCUUAUCGAUCCAAAUGUAAGUGCAAGAGCUGCCCAUCUCAGAACAGCUGAUAUGCUUUACCUGAUCCAGACUAUCAACUCUACAGAGGGUCAGCUUACAACUAAAUGGAUCAACGCCAUACUUGGCAGACUUUUUUUAUCCUUACAGCGAACUGAAACGCUAAAAUAUUUCUUUCAUGAAAGGCUUUAUCAAAAAUUGUCUAAGGUCAAAAAGCCUGAUUUUUUGGAUGAUUUCGUUGUUGAAGAGGUUGAUGUAGGUAAUAGCGCUCCGAUUUUUACGAAUCCAAAACUUAUUGAACUUUCACUGGAGGGACUUACAAAGAUUUCGUGUGACUUUUUGUAUAAAGGGGAUUUAUCAGUUCUUGUUUCGACUAAGGCUACCAUAAAUCUUGGUUCAAGAUUUAAACAAAGAGAAGUCGCUCUACAACUAUCUCUAAAAUUGAAGGAAUUGUCAGGUCCCUUAAUAUUCCUGAUGAAACCUCCUCCAUCCAAUAGAGUAUGGUAUACAUUCGAAACCGAGCCAAUUCUUGAUGUGGAGGUAGAACCGGUUGUCAGUUCGAACAAACUUUCCUAUAAUAUGAUCACAAACGCAAUAAAAGGGAAGUUUGCUGAGGCACUAAAAGAAUCUCUUGUGCAACCUAAUUGGGAUGAUAUUGUUUUCUUCAGCACCGAGAAAGAUAUUUACAGGGGAGGUAUAUGGGAAAAUUACGGAAAGUCAGAUGAAGAGGAAAAAAAGUCCUCCACAAAUAGUGAACCACCUAGUCAUGAUAAAAGAGCUUCCUUUUCCAAUUUGGAAAAGGAUAUUUCAAAGAAUGAUAAUUCACAGAUAUCAAACCGAGAAUCUGAUAAUGACGUUGAAGACACUGAAAAAGAUUCCUGUCAUGAUGAUGCAUCAAUGAAAAGACGCAGUUCACAAAAGAUUGAGAAUUUUCGAAGAAUUCUAAAAACAAAAAGUAAAGAGGAGUUUGAUGAUGAACACGUACAAACAGAAAAAGCAUCACAAGCAUCACCUUUUAAUGAAGAGAAUGAUGACUUGUCAGGUUCAAAGAAGUACUUUAAAAACCCCAUAAAAAAACUCAACAAGUGGUAUAAGGAAGCGGUUAAUAUUGAUAUGCUCGACAAUGAUUCUACCAAUACUAACACAGCGAGUGGCGCUGAAAGUAGUGUAAAAAACGUCAAUACCCCCGAAAUGAUAUCUAAUAGAAGAACUUCAAUCCCACGAAGACCCCGCCCGUCCAACAUAAAUCAGAUGAGCCACUCGGCAACCGACUCGCAGCUAGCAAAUAUUUCUCAGCCUUUGAACUCUACAGAAAUGUUUGUGAAUAAAAACAAGGAUGAAGCGCAGUCCUCUUCCUCUAAUGAUAUUGGUGCUCCACCUUUCCUAUCAAACAAUUACUCAACGAUGCCAGUUCGUGCUUUCGUUAAAAUGGAAGAUACUAAACAGUUUCCAGGAGAGUACGUAGUAGACCCAAGGGACGACCCAAGGGACGACCCAACAAAAUCCGUCUCGCCAAUAUCUUACCAUUUUCAAAGUGAAAAUACCAAAAGGCAACAGUUUGAAACUUCGUCGGCCCUCUCACAGUGUAAUUUUCAGAAAUCUGAAACCGAAAUGAAUAAAAAGCAAAUAGAAAUUGUUAAAAAUGAGAUUGAUGACACGAAAAAGGUUCUAAGCACAAGUGCAAAACGAGAAACGUCACAUGUAUGA